AUGCCUUCAGUAUCAGACAGGUACACGUUCUAUUCCGGCAAGUCCCAGACUUCAGCAUCAUCGUCAGGCACAUUUAAAUCCAUCGAUCCGUCGACGGGUCGGCCGUCUUGUAGUAUUCACACCUCUUCAACACAGGACGUCGAUAGCGCCAUAUCAUCAGCAAGCUCGGCUUUCCGGUCAUGGUCCAGUACCCCACCGAUUGAAAGGUCGCGCGUGCUGCUGAAAGCUGUUACUUUACUGCGAGCCCGCAACGAUGAAUUAGCCGCUAUUGAGACUCUCGACACAGGAAAGCCAUUUUCGGAAACGUCGACCGUCGAUGUUGUGACUGGUGCCGAUGUCCUGGAAUACUAUGCAAACUUGAUCGCGUCAGGUGGCCUCAACGGAGAGAGCUUCCGACUGCGGGACAGUGCUUGGGUUUAUACAACCAAAGAAUCUCUGGGUGUUUGCGCUGGCAUAGGAGCUUGGAACUAUCCGAUCCAAAUUGCUCUAUGGAAAUCUGCGCCAUGUCUAGCGGCAGGGAACACCAUGGUCUAUAAGCCGUCCGAGGUGACCCCGUUACACGCUCAACUCCUAGCCGAGAUAUAUCGCGAGGCUGGCGUCCCUGAUGGCGUCUUCAAUGUGGUUUACGGCGCUGGCGAAGUCGGCGGUUACUUGACGAAGCACCCUCAAAUCCAGAAAGUCAGCUUCACGGGCCAAGUCAGCACAGGCAAGAAGGUUGCUGGCAGUGCUGCUGGAGAGAUGAAGUAUGUCACGAUGGAGUUGGGUGGCAAGUCGCCGCUCAUUGUCCUCGACGACUGCGACGUGAACAUCGCUGUUGAUGGAGCCAUGAUGGCCAACUUCUUUUCCACUGGUCAGGUCUGCACAAACGGCACGCGGGUCUUUGUACCGAAAGCCAUGAAGUCUCGCUUCGAAAACCUACUCCUCGAGAAAAUCUCAUAUAUCCGGGCCGGCGAUCUUCAGAACCCAGACACCAAUUUCGGACCUCUUGUGAGCAAGCCACACUACGAUAAGGUCAUCAGCUACAUCAACCACGGCAUCAACAAUGACCGGGCUAAGCUUUUGACUGGAGGCAGCGGCAAGCCAAAGAAUCUGCCUUCUACGUAUCAGAACGGCUACUGGCUUACUCCCACCGUCUUCACUGACUGUACCGACAGCAUGAAGAUAACGCAAGAGGAGAUCUUUGGGCCGGUGAUGACGAUCUUGUACUAUGCAGACCUAGAUGAGGCUGUUCGGCGCGCCAACGACACGGAGCUGGGCCUCGCGGCUGGCGUCUUUGGCAAGAACAUCACUCGCUGCCAUGAUGUGAUCUGGCAGUUACAGGCUGGAAUCACUUGGGUGAAUACUUGGGGCGAGUCGCCCGCAGAAAUGGCGGUAGGCGGAUGGAAGUCAAGUGGUGUAGGCGUCGAGAAUGGAAGGAAGGGGCUCGAGAACUGGGUGCAGAACAAGAGCACACUGGUCGAGAUGGGUGGGGAAGUGCCGACGGUGUUUACGAAGCUUGAAACGAAAGCAAAAUUGUAG